AUGUCCCCACGUUUCUCCACGUGUCCCCACGUGUCUCCACAUGUCCACACGCGUCCCCACGCGUCCCCACGUGUCCCCACGCGUCCCGGUGUCCCCGCAGGUGGCACGCUGUGCCAGGAGGCCGCGUGCCCGCCGGGCUGCGUGCCGCAGGAGGCCGAGGACAUCCGCGUCAUCGGGGGCUACCCCUGCCUGCCCCAGAGCCAGCCCUGGCAGGCGCUGCUCUACGGGCCCCUGCGCUGCGGCGGCGUCCUGCUGCGGCCCCAGUGGGUGCUGACCGCCGCCCACUGCGUCCGCAGUCCCCUCUCCUGCAACGGGACCCUGCAGGGCAUCGUGUCCUGGGGGCUGCAGACCUGCGCCCUGCCCGGCCACCCCGGGGUCUACACCAGGGUCUGCCGGUUCCUGCCCUGGAUCCUGGACACCAUGGACGGAUGA